ACUGAUAGCCGCAUGCCUCUCGCUCUCACACGUCCUCUCACUGUGAAACGACACAAUGGAGCUGCAACACCUCUGGGACUGUAUCCGAGCACACGAUGCCUACCUGCGCUCUCCCUUCUUCCCCGUGCUGUUCUCACUCACCGUGUACCUGGGCUUCUGCUUCCCUUUUGUGCUGCUGGACCUCCUCUCCCCCAAAGUGGCAUUGCUGAGAAAGUACAGGAUACAGCAGAAGAGCCAGGUCUCCUGGUCCAUGAUGUGGAGCUGCUUGGCGCAGUCGCUCUACAACCACGUGGUGUACAUUUUCCCCCUGACCGUGCUGCACUGGUACUGGAGGCCGGUCAGCUACCCGACGCAGGCUCCUGGCCUAUUCCGUCUGCUGUGGGACAUCCUCGCCUGCCUCCUGCUCUUUGACUUCCAGUACUUUGUCUGGCACCUGCUUCACCACAAGGUGCCCUGGCUUUACAAGACCUUCCACAAGGUCCACCACAAGUACACAUCCACAUUCGCCCUGACUGCGGAGUACUCUGGGGCCUGGGAGACGCUAUCUUUGGGCUUCUUCGCUGCCGUCAACCCCCUGCUGCUGGGCUGUCACCCGAUGACGGAGAUGCUGUUCUUUGUGCUCAACAUCUGGCUGUCGGUGGAGGACCACUCAGGCUACGACUUCCCCUGGUCCACCCACAGACUGGUCCCCUUUGGGCUGUACGGAGGGGCCCCGCAUCAUGACCUCCACCACCUGAAGUUCAGGUCCAACUAUGCCCCCUACUUCACUCACUGGGACAUAUUGUUUGGAACCUUACACUCUGACUGAACAACCACACAGAGACAAGUCUGGACUGCACUUUAAUGACUGGGAUGGUCAGUAGCAUAUGAACUGUAUGAUUACCAGAGGUCAAACAAAGACUGACCAAAGACUUCCCACUUCACUGGUCUGUAUUCUGUAUAUGUUUGCUUAUGAAGUAUUGUGAAGCAUUGUGAGUAAUACCGGACAAAGAAUGUAUGAUCCUAACUGUGAAAAUGUUACAGAACUAUAGCCAAUAUUUGGCUUGAAUACUAUUUCCUUAUUUCAAGGAACGAAUCUGCUCUUUAUUAAGUCUUAAUUCUCUUAUUUAUUCAUUCAAAUAUAAUACUUUCUAUGUCAUUUAUAAAUGUAAUUCUGUUUAAGUAAUGUAUUAACUAUGAAGCAAAUAUGCACUGCAACAGAUAUUUCACUGUGUAAGAUAUUCUUAAGUAGGUUUUCUAUUCAUUUUUGGAAUAAAGUAUUCAAUAAAUCUACAAGAAAUUCCA